AGAUUGUAGUGUGAAUAUUUGCUUAGAUUAUAUUUCUGUGGUUAAUAUGCGUGAAUCGGAAGAAGAAGUGGAUUUUAAGAGAUUUCACGUUUGUUUCAUAAUGAUCAGCCAGCUAUUUAGUUUACACAUAGGUCAUUAACUCGUGGUGAACCGACAACGCAACUAACAGCGGUAAAUACCACAGUUUGGCCAGCCUGGUGAACAAUUAACUUCAAGACAACUGUUAUUGGGGUUUAACAUUAACCACCAGGCUCACGUCUUUGAAAAUGCAUUUGUGCAGAUCAGAAGAUAACCAAGAAGCCAAGGAGAGGCAGCUGAGGACAAAUGACCAUGAGUAUAAUGCACAAUUCCAAUAUGUCAACAAUUACAUCAGGACAUCAAAAUACAGCCUUCUCACUUUUCUACCCCUCAACUUAUUUGAGCAAUUCCGCAGGGUUGCCAAUCUUUAUUUCAUUUUGCAAAUCAUUAUCAUGUCUAUUCCAAAAAUCACUGCAUUGAGUCCAGAAGCUACAGCUGUUCCUCUCAUUUGUGUUUUGGCUGCAACAGGAAUAAAAGAUGCUGCUGAUGACAUUAAGCGGCAUAAAAGUGACAGAGCAGUCAAUAACAGAAAGGCAAACAUUCUUACUGACAAUGGGCCAAAGGAAAAAAAUUGGAUGGAUCUUCAAGUUGGUGAAGUUCUUCGAAUAGACAACAAUGAGCAAAUCCCUGCUGAUAUAGUUGUGCUCACCACGAGUGAAGAUAAUGGAUUGUGUUACAUUGAGACUGCCGAGUUAGAUGGGGAAACCAACCUGAAGUGUCGUCAACCUCUUCCUGAAACUGGAGAGCUUGGUGACGAUGAACAGCAACUCUCAGUGGUCCAAAUGGAAAUUACAUGUGAUCCACCAAACAACAGGCUGGAAAAACUCAAUGGAAGGUUGAUGUAUGAUGGAAAUAACUAUUCUUUGGACAACGACAAUGUCAUCUUGAGGGGCUGUGUGCUGCGUAACACCAAAUGGGUGUACGGUGUGGUCAUAUAUGCUGGCCAUGACACUAAACUCAUGAUGAACACUGGGGUGAGUAAAUUCAAAAGAACAGGUUUGGACAAGCUCACUAACAGCCUGAUCUUGUGGAUUGCAGCUAUGUUAGGAAUCAUUUGCACUCUCUGUUCCAUUGCAACAACAAUAUGGGAGGAAUUAUAUGGAAAGGAUUUCCAAGUAUAUCUACCAUGGGAGAGUUUCUACAAGGACAGUGUUGUUAUCAUUGGCAUUGUUCACUGGCCAUCUUUUGUCAUGGUUUUGAACACCCUCAUUCCUAUUUCACUGUAUAUCAGUGUGGAAGUGAUUCGCUUGGGUCAAAGUUUAUGGAUCAACUGGGACUGCAGUAUGUAUUAUGAGAAGAUGGACACUCCAGCUGUGGCAAGAACAACCACCCUCAGUGAGGAACUUGGACAGAUUGAAUACAUCUUCUCUGAUAAGACUGGAACACUGACGCAGAAUGUGAUGACGUUUAAGAAAUGUUCCAUAAAUGGUAGACUCUAUGGAGAACCUCCUGAUCGGUCUUCUUCUGGCAAACGGCACCCUUCUAUGCACAUGGCGCACAACUCUUGCCAGUUUCAUAGCUGCUUCUUUGAUUGUCCGCUGCACAACACUUCUCGACGUCACGUAGAGGGCGAGAGUGCCGGAGAUCCUGAAGAAACUCUGGUCAGCUCCGUAUCCAUCAGAGAAGAAGGGGCACCAGAUGUGGACUUAUCCAAGAAUCCCUACCCUGAUGGGAAAUUUAAAUUUAAUGAUCAAGCUUUGCUGGAUGAAAUAAACUUGGGAAACAAGGAGUGCCAUGAGCUGUUCCGGUUAUUAGCCGUCUGUCACACGGUUAUGGUGGAGCGAGACAAUGGUAAUUUGGAAUAUCAGGCCCAGUCUCCCGACGAAGCGGCUCUUGUGACGGCUGCAAGAAACUUCGGAUUCACCUUUUUGGAACGUUCACCGACCACUCUAACGAUUGACGUAUUAAGAGAGGAGGAGAUCUAUGAGUUGCUUGCCAUUCUUGAUUUCAACAAUGAACGGAAGCGAAUGUCGGUUAUUGUACGGCGAAACGACCAAAUAAAGCUCUACUGUAAAGGCGCCGAUACCAUUGUGUACGAACUUCUAGACCAAUCCUGUAAACCGCUCAUGACGAAAACAAUGCAGCAUUUGAACGUGUUUGCAGCGGAAGGUUUGCGUACUCUGGUAACAGCUUACAAAGACAUACCUCUCGACGUGUACAAGGAAUGGGAGGCCCGGUAUAAGGAGGCGAGUAUGGCCAUGGAAAAUAGGGACGAGCUCGUUCAAAAGGCGUAUGAGGAAAUUGAACAGAACUUAACACUGAUCGGUGCAACGGCGAUUGAGGAUAAACUUCAAGAUGAUGUCCCAGAUACGAUCGCAACUUUAGCUGAGGCAAAUAUCAAGAUUUGGGUUUUGACAGGUGAUAAAGUUGAAACAGCCAUCAAUAUUGGCUACUCGUGUCAUCUGUUGACAGAUGAUAUGACCGAAGUGUUUACAAUAGAUGGAGAAUCUCUGGAGUCUGUCCAAAAGGCGAUAGCCGAAUGUAAGAACAAGAUUACGGGCGGAGCAGGAUUGGGAGCACCAAUCUGUAGAUUUCAAAGUAAAGAAAACAGCCUUAAAGAUGUAGAAGUUGAAGUUAUAUCGUACAAGGAUAACUAUUUGGGCGAGAAAUCAGCCGCUGUACAGGCCCUGGUUGUUCAUUUGGUCAAAGACAAUCUACAAGCUGUGACCUUAGCUAUUGGAGAUGGAGCCAAUGACGUUAGUAUGAUUAAAGCUGCCCAUAUAGGAGUUGGAAUAAGCGGUCAGGAAGGAAUGCAAGCCGUGAUGGCGAGUGACUUCUCCUUCGCGCAAUUUAAAUAUCUCCAGCGACUCCUCUUAGUCCACGGACGAUGGUCUUACUUUCGAAUGAGUAAAUUUUUAAACUACUUUUUCUACAAGAAUUUUGCAUUUACGCUUUGUCAACUAUGGUACGCUUUUUAUACUGGAUUUUCUGCUCAGACGCUGUAUGAUGCAUGGUUCAUCUCAUUUUAUAAUGUGUUUUUUACUUCUGCACCAGUCGUAUUUUUAGCGGUUCUUGAUCAGGACGUCUCGGACAACGGGUGCUCUAAGUAUCCUCUAUUGUACAUUCCUGGCCAGACUAACCUACUGUUCAAUAAGAAAAUUUUCUUCCUGAGCCUGUUGUAUGGAGCUCUUACGUCGUUAGCAAUCUUCUUUUUGUCCUACGGCGCGUUCCGUGAUGAAAUAGUGAAGGAUGGCUUAGAGACGUCAUCUGUGUAUUUCUUCGGUACGGUGGUCGCCGCUAUAUUGGUAGUCGUUGUCAAUAUUGAGAUCUCGUUUCUUACACAGUACUGGACAUGGAUUAAUCACUUUUUUACCUGGGGUAGCAUUGUGUUCUACUUCGUUUUCUACUUCGUCUUUUACGCCGAGUUUGUUUUCAAGCUUUUCCCGCAGGGCCACUAUUAUGGAAUGCAGUUUGAGGUGUACGGUAAUCCGAAAUUCUGGUUUACCCUAUUCCUUGUUCUUGCUGUGUCAACAGCACCUCGUUUGUCGUACUACUUUGUCGACAAUGAAAUGAGUGCCACACAAAGCGACAUUGUGAGGCGAAAAGAAGCACACAAGAGAAUGCGCUUUACUUCCCCACAGGUAGAGUAUGAGCCUCAGCUAGUUCGUAGGCGAACCUCUAAACGUUCAAGUUACGCCUUCGCUCAUCAAGAAGGAUUUGGCAAAAUUGUUAUGUCACCGGCAACAUUUUUAAGGAAAAAAUUACGUUCAACAACUCAGCCGGCUGGCCAAAGUAGUGUAGUUACUUUGUAAUUCGAUAAAAAUUACCACAUCGAUUGACUUUUUAUUUUCUUAUUGUUAUUUUUUUAAUCCAUUGACAGACAUAUACGCCAGACGUAAAUUAUGAAAGUAAAUGCACUUUUGGAAACUUGGCAGUUAGGGAAACUUCUAUUUUUAUCCCUAACCCAUUUUAUAGGCCAUAGUUUUAUUCAUUUCCCCCUCCAUGAAGAGUGCUCACGUGAAACAAAGAUUGUACACUUUCGACCAAUCGUCAGAACGAUUUAGACUAGGUUUACACUAGAGGAGAGUUUUCCGGAUUCGUAAAUGUUUCCGGAUUCAUUAAUUUCGGAGUAUUCG